GCUGGUGCCCUGCUUCAUGUCUAUAUAUCUCCCAACUUCACCAUAAUUUUGCAUUACAGAAUCCGAUCAUCAUCGCUCUCGCAACCAAAAUUUCUGUUAUUAAUCCUUGAAAAGAUGUGGAUUUUUUCAUGGAAGGGACCAACUGGAUUCUCAGCUUCUUCUACAGCUGAAGAAGUUACACGAGGAAUCGAAGCUUAUGGCCUUACCGCCAUUAUUACAGGUCCAACAAGCGGUAUCGGCCUCGAAACUGCACGGAUCCUGGUCUUGCGCGGCGUACAUGUGGUUAUGGCGGUUAGAAACACCACCGCCGGUCAAAAAGUCAAACAAGAAUUAAUCAACGAAAUUCCUAAAGCUAAAAUCGAUGUCAUGGAGCUUGACGUUGCCUCACUGAAAUCCGUAAAUAAGUUUGUGGCGGCAUACAAAUCGACAGGUUUUCCGAUCAACAUCCUCAUUGCGAAUGCAGGGGUUAUGGCACCGCCGUUCACCCUGACGGAAGACAACAUAGAGCUACAAUUUGCGACGAACCACAUCGGUCACUUCCAUUUGACCAAUGGUUUGUUGGACAUCAUGAAGAACACUGCAGAAAAGUCCGGCAUCGAGGGAAGGAUCGUGAUUUUGUCGUCGGAGCUCCAUAAAAUGAGUUAUAAAGAAGGAGUUCGAUUUGAUCAAAUAAACGACGAAAAGAGUUAUACCCCUUUACUCGCGUAUGGCCAAUCUAAGCUUGCUAACGCGUUGCAUGCAAAGGAGCUCGCAAGGCGGCUCAAGGAAGAAGGGGCAAAUAUAACAGUGAAUUCGCUGCAUCCAGGAGUUAUCGCAACAAAUCUUGCACGACACACGGCUUGGAUGCGACUAAUCUUUGGGUACAUCGUUCGGCUCAUGUUGAAGAACGUGGAACAGGGAGCCUCAACUACGUGCUAUCUGGCAUUGAACCCGGGGGCGAAGGGGAUAAGUGGCGAGUAUUGGGCCGAUAACAACAUCUCGAGUCCAAGCGGGUUUGUUAACGAUCCUGAAUUCGUGAAGAAAUUCUGGGAUUUCAGCGUUGAUUUGAUAGAGCGAACUCUGACCUCGUCGUCGUUAUAAGUUAUUCCGUUGAGUAAAAUGUUUAUGUAUUUGUGAUGGAUGUUAAAAAGCUUUAAGAUUGUCAAAAUUAUACGUCGUCUCUAAUAAAGGCAUUUUCGUCUCCU